CCACGCCACGCCACAAAAGUCGCGACGUCGUUCCUGCGUCAUGGCAGGUGCCCCCGGGCAGGCCUCGAAAAUCUUCGGCCUGGUGGCGACUGGAACGAUGGCGGCGGGAUUUUACUGGUUCGCCAAGCCCCGCUUUGAAGCAAUGUUGCAGCCACCACCGAAGCCUUUGAAACGGUUGUAUCUAGAGGAGGAUUUUUCGGCCAGCUCCAGCUUUAGCGGGCUGCGACCUGGCUGGGUCUUCAAGCUAGAUCAUCGAGGCUUGGGUUACUACAGGGACGUACCUCCAGAGUGAAUUGGUCAUCGACUCCUUCCUGUGACAUCGGCGGGGCGCUUCAAAUUUCUUGGAGGUGAAAUGAGGUGAACGACCUGGGCGCUGCAAGGGAAAGAUCAGGAGAGUGUCGACACAUGCUGAUGAUUUUGCUAAAAGAAAUGGUUAAUAAUGGUGAUUAGCCACUAUCAACAUCUAUUAACCACUGUUAAGAAUCAUUCCUGGCGCUGUUCCAUUCAACAUCCGAGUCCACUUGGACCCGGUGAAGAACCAGGAUACCUUCCGUGAGAGAUGCGCGAUGGACGACGGAUGAGCUGGAUGUGUGGCCGGUGAAGCGGGGAACAUAAAAAA